GACCUUCUAGGCUGCGCGCCCGUCGCCCCCGAUCGGGCCGGCCCGCCCGCAGCGUCUCGUUGGUGCUGCUGCCGACCUCCGACCUCGCGGCCGCGGGGCGGGGCGGGCCUGGCUGCGGGCGGGCGGCGGCUGCUGCAGCGGGACCCGGGAGCGGGGCCCGGCGCCGCCCGGGCUGCGGGGCGAUGUGAACCCCAGGCCUGCCCCAGACGGAUCCCCGUGACUUCUCCGCAGCCGGCUGCCCACGAUGCCACACCGGGACCGGGGAGAAUAAAGCGGGGUCUUUCCCCAUGCCCCUCCCCUGGUCGGCUCCCCGAUGGCCUGGGUGAGGCCGGCUGUGCUGACACCAUGGGGAGCUGCUGCAGCUGCCUGAACAGAGACAGCGUCCCAGACAACCACCCCACCAAGUUCAAGGUGACAAAUGUGGACGACGAGGGGGUGGAGCUGGGCUCGGGCGUGAUGGAGCUGACGCAGUGCGAGCUGGUGCUGCGGCCGGCGGGGCGCGAGCCCGUGCACUGGCCCUACCUCUGUCUGCGGCGCUACGGCUACGACUCCAACCUCUUCUCUUUUGAGAGCGGCCGCCGCUGCCAGACGGGCCAGGGGAUAUUCGCCUUCAAGUGCUCCCGGGCCGAGGAGAUCUUCAACCUCCUGCAGGACCUGAUGCAGUGCAACAGCAUCAACGUCAUGGAGGAGCCCGUCAUCGUCACUCGCAACAGCCACCCGGCCGAGCUCGACCUGGCCAGGGGCGCCCCGCCUUCCAGUGCUCUCGGCUACACCAUCUCCAGCUUCGCCAACGGCUUCCCCGGCUGCCCGGGAGAGGGCCGGCGCUUCUCGGCCCCCCGGCGCCCCUCCACGAGCAGCCUUCGCCACCCCUCCCUGGGGGAGGAGUCCACGCACGCCCUCAUCGCCCCCGAGGAGCAGUCCCACACCUACGUGAACGCGCCAGCCGGCGAGGACGCCCCGCGCCGGACCCUGCAGCCGCUGCCCGCGGGCAGCCCCGACGCGCGCGUCUUCCUGCAGCCGGGCCGCGUGAAGUUCGUGCUGGGCCCCACGCCCGCGCGGCGCCACGUGGUGCGCUGCCAGGGCCCGGGCCACAACAACAACGAGGGCGCGUCCGAGUGCCCCGCGCGGCCGCAAUGCACCUACGAGAACGUGGGCGGGGGGCGCGGCGCGGGGCCCCCCGAGGAGCCCGCGCGGGCCGGCCUGGCGCAGCGGCGCGCCGCGCUGCUGCACUACGAGAACCUGCCCGCGCUGCCGCCCGUGUGGGAGGCGCCCGGCGCCGACGGCGACCCCCGCGACGGCCUCACGCCCUCGUCCAACGGCGGCGCCGACGGCGACGGCGACGAGACCCCGCUGCAGAGGCCCGCGCGCGCCCGCCGCGCCGCCCCGCGCGUCUUCAGCUUCGACUUCCGCCGGCCGCCCGAGCCCGCGCGGCCGCUCAACUACGUGCAGGUGGAGCUGAAGGGCUGGGCCGGGGGCCGCGCCCCGCAGCCCCCCAGCCCCGCCGCGCGCCGCGCCGACGCCUACGCCGUGAUCGACCUCAAAAAGACCGUGGCCAUGUCCAACCUGCAGCGCGCGCUGCCCCGCGACGACGGCACCGCGCGCAAGACGCGCCACAACAGCACCGACCUGCCUGUGUAGGGCCCGGCGCCCCGCCAGCCCCGCCCCGUGUGUUUGUUUCGGUUGACCUUUGCAGACAUUUUGUACCUGUUGAUUUUAUUUAUCAGUUUAUUUUUCUAUUUAUUGUUUUAAAUGUAACUUAACAUAUUUAUUAUUAAUAUAAUUAUUUUUAAAUUCCGG